AUGAAAACUCGAAAUUCUGGUUCAGCUGCCCAUAUUGUGAUACUCUGCCUAUGUUGGUAUCUAAUCUCGUCCCUAGGUUCCCAGGUGACAAAAAGUAUACUGACCAUAUAUCCAAAACCUCUAUUUCUAGGUGAGUUUCAGUUUAUUUAUACGGCUUUCUUGGCUGCUAUAUGUUGCUUCAUAGCUCAUCGAUGCAAAAUGUUCUACCGAUGGUUUCCAAGAGGUACAUUUCCAUUGUAUUAUGAAGACGAAACCCGGGAAAAGAGACAGAUCAAGACAUUGACUCGACCAACGAAACAUAUUCUGCUUACCGUACUGCCAUUGAGUUUCUUUCAAUUUGUUGGAAAAUAUUUUGGUCACACAGCAACCUCUUUAGUGCCAGUAUCUACGGUGGCCAGUAUUAAGACUUUAUCUCCGGUGUUCAUCCUUAUAUUCCAGCGAUUACUGAAUGUUCAAAGGACAAAUAUGAGUGGCCUGAUAUAUUUCAGCUUGGCCUGCUUAAUUAUGGGAGUUUGGAUUAUUGUUGGUGAGGACAAUGCUCAAAGAACCAACGACUCCAAAAAAUCGCAGAUAAACCCCAUUGGGCUGUCCUCUUAUGGUGUGCUGUGUGCAGUAUCUUCGAUGCUCAUAUUCGUCGCACAAAAUAUCUAUGGGAAGAACGUGUUCACCCUUAGACGAGAGGGUUCCUCGGAGAAGCAAGAUUUGGCCAGAGAUGGUUCACCUUUACCGAUAUUUGUUGAAAAGAAAACCACAAUGUCAUGUCCUAAGAGUUAUGAUAAAUUGACCCUCCUGAUAUACAUACCGCUGGUCGGUUUUUGUUUAUCGUUCUUGUGGUUCAUAAAUCUGGAAUUACCAAGCAUUUGGACCGACGUCAAGGAGAAUGGUAUGGCGAUCAUCCCUUGGAAGCUACUUUUGCUCAACGGGACGUUCCAUUUCAUGCAAGCCAUGAUCACUUUUCACUUAAUGGGAGAAGUCUCAACCUUGACAUAUUCCAUUGCCAAUUUGAUGAAAAGAAUAGCCAUCAUUACAGUAAGCUGGGCAUUCUCGGGAGCAAAUGUUAAUAUAAAGCAAGUGAUAGGUCUGAUUUUGAACAUGAUUGGAUUGUUUUUUUAUGAAAGACACAAUAGUAAGAACAAACCCGCAAAAUUGCAUUAA